AUGCGGCGUCAAGAGUCCGUGAAUUACGGGCGCCGUGCGGUGCAGACCGGUGCCGUCGUAGUCAUAACACUGGCGGCUCUUUUCUUGGCAUAUAUGUUCUCCGUGGGGUCCUUCUCCAAUAGCAUCGCUCCCACCGCCGACUUGCAAACCUCGUCCCAGAGUCGCAAGGUGGGUGCGUUUGGCUCUGAAUCUACAGAGGAGGCGGAAUCUACGGUCGAGGACGAGCCCGUGCUGCCGCGGAUGAAGCCGGCAAGCGUGUCAUCUCGUAGCCAGACCGAGGAUCACUCCUCUUCGAAUUCCGACGCGGAGGAAACUUCUUCGCUGGGGAAACAGAGCAAAGCAUCCGCGGAUGAGAAAGAGACACUGGAUUUGGAGCUAACCGUUGAGCGCGAUGCGACGACGGACGUCGUCACGCAAGAGCAGGAGAGCAAGCAGGAGAAGCAGAUGGAGGAGGAGGCGAGUGAGGCAGCCGAGGAGUCUACUUCCGCUGAGAAGGAGAGUGAGGAGGAAUCCAGCGCCGAAGGCGACUCGGAUUCCACAGAGAGCACUGAAGAUGGCGGCAAGGAUGAGUCCAGCAGCCCUCCGAGAGAGGAUGAAGCUGAGCAGACUAACAGCGAGACUAAGGACGAGGAGAGCGAGCCGCAAGAGGAGAAAACCGAGGAGAUUGAGACUCAAGAGGAGGAGAAGAAGAGUAAGAAAUCGAAGUCGAAGAAGAAGGAAAAGAAGGCCAAGAAGACCAAGAAGUCUAAGAAACGUUCCGGCGAUGAGGACGAGUCCACGGACGAUCAGCAGAUCGACGCGUUUCCGGUGUGUGACCCGGAGCUAUCGGAGGUGAUCCCGUGCCUGGACCACAACAUCCACAAGAAGAUGAAGCUGCACCUCAGCACAAGCCUCAUGGAGCACUACGAACGCCACUGCCCGCCCUCCAACCUCCGCGUGCGCUGCCUCGUGCCGCCGCCCGCAGACUACAAGACGCCCAUCCGGUGGCCCGAGAGUCGCGACGUGGUGUGGAAGUCGAACGUGCCGCACCCCUUCCUCGCUACCGAGAAGUCGGACCAGCACUGGAUGGUCGUGGAGGGCGACAAGAUCCGCUUCCCGGGCGGCGGCACGCACUUCCACGACGGGGCCGACAAGUACAUCCAGUCCGUCGGCCGGAUGCUCAAGAACGAAGACGGCGAUCUGUCGCUGGGCGGCAAGAUCCGUACGGUUCUGGACAUCGGGUGCGGGGUGGCGUCGUUUGGCGCGUUCCUGCUGGACCAGGGCAUGAUAGCCAUGUCGGUGGCGCCCAACGAUCGGCAUGAGAAUCAGAUCCAGUUCGCGCUCGAGCGCGGUGUGCCCGCGUGGCUCGGCGUGCUCGGGACAAAGCGACUGCCGUUCCCGUCGCGCGGGUUCGAUCUCGCUCACUGCUCGCGAUGCCGCAUCGACUGGGGCCAGAGAGACGGCGUGCUGCUGCUGGAGCUGGACCGUCUGCUGCGGCCCGGCGGGUACUGGGUGUGGUCCGCCCCCCCUGCGUACCGCGACGACGAGGAGAGCCGCACACUGUGGAAGCAAGUGACGGACGUGACCACCAAGCUGUGCUGGACCCUGGAGGUGCGCGAGGCGCAGACGGCGAUAUUCCGCAAGCCCAAGAGCGGCACCUGCUAUGCGGAGCAGCCCGAGGGCACGGUUCCCGUGCUGUGCGACGAGCGCGGGCGCGACGAGGCGAGCAGCACGUACAACGUCUCACUCUCCACCUGCAUCGCCGCUCCUGCCACAGACGACGCAGUGGGUGUGGCGCCGUGGCCGCGGCGGCUCAAGGCGCCGCCUCCGAGAGUGGCGCUCACUGACGUGGGCACCAACGCGUACAAGAAGAUGAACAAGGUGUGGGCGGAGCGGGUGGACGCAUACUGGGCACUCCUAGCCGACCGGGUCCAGCCAGACUCCAUCCGCAACGUGCUCGACAUGAACGCAGGACUGGGUGCUUUCGCAGCUGCACUCACCGCCUCCAAGCCCGUCUGGGUAAUGACAGCCGUGCCUCCCACAGAGCAACAUGCACUGGAGGUGAUUUACGAUCGGGGGCUCCUGGGCGUGUUUCACGAUUGGUGUGAGGAGUUUUCUACCUACCCUCGCACGUAUGACCUGCUGCAUGCGCACAAGGUGCUGUCGCUGGUCACUGCGCGCCGCUGCUCGACGGACGAUGUGCUCCUGGAGAUGGAUCGAAUCAUGCGCCCUGGCGGGUUCCUGCUGCUGCGUGACGCCCCUGCGCUGCUUGCUCGUGUGGCUGAUCGCGCCGCAGCGCUCAAAUGGACGGUUCUGGAGGGCCCGCUGUUGCCUGCUGCUGAUGGCUUGCCUGGGGAUGUGGAGGGCGAGGGAGAGGAGGAGGUGAUGGUGGUGCAGAAGAAGAUGGUUAGCAGCGCGAGAGGCACCUCCUCCUCCUGCCCCCUCUGCCCCGCUUUCUGUGUUGCCUGUGCCCUGCUGCGCUGGGUGCUUGGACCUCGUGCUGCUGCUUCUGCUUCGGCUGCCACCUCUGAGCUCAAGAAAGCCACACGUGUCCUUCUCCCCGUUUCCCCGCGUCCCCCUCCCCUUCCCCUGAGCUCGCCCCCUCGCGCCCCUCCCAAGCGAGCAACCGCUCCUCGCGCACCCACGGCACGAACCGCCACAUCAGCACCGGGUCAAAGAACGCGCACGAGGGGAGCAGAGCAUGCCACAUGGCAGGUUGUUACCGCCAAUGCGGCUGCUGCGCACACGUGGCAGAACGAGCGUGCGCCCGCAGUGGCGCGCGAGAGCCAUGGCUUCCGUCAGGUGGAGGCGCGCCUUGCUCAGCUGCUCCCAGAGAUUCCCGAUGGCGAGGUACCGCGCGGAUGGCGCCGCAGCUGGGGGGCGGAUGCGGGGGAAAGGGGGGAUGGGGGGAAGGGGAAGAGGGGGAGAGGGGGAAAGAGGGAGAAAGGGGAGAGGGGGAAAAGGGGAGUAGGGGGCCAUUGGGGAAUAGGAGUGGGGAACCAGGUGCAGGCGCGCGUUUGUUAG